AUGAAAAUUUGUAUAAAAUUGUUUUUAGUAUUUUUCGCGUUUACUAAAUGUGUGAGUGGACAAGCAGACCAAAUAAUUCAUGAAAAAUUAACAAAUUUUGUUUUUUUAAGCUGUAACUAUCAAAAGGGAAAAGUAAAUGAAGAGUUACUAAAAGCAGUAGAAAAAAGGAAUCCUCAACUGAUGUUGUGGAUAGGGGAUUAUUUUUAUUCAGAAUGUAGUGAAUUGAAGUGUUUGGAUGAAGUUUAUAAUUAUAUUAAGAAUGACUCAUUUUAUUUAAGAUUAAAGGAAAAGUUUGUUAUUGAUGGUAUAUAUGAUGAUCAUGAUUAUAAUAAAAACAAUGGAGAUCGUUUAUAUAAAUAUAAAAAGGAAAGUAAAACAAAAUAUUUAGACUAUUUAAAUGUAGACAAAAGUGAUAUAAGAUAUAAAAGAAAUGGAGCAUAUGUAUCAAAAUUGUAUAUAGACCCAAACGAUGAAAACAAUCAAGUGAAGAUAAUUAUUUUAGACACAAGAUAUAAUAAAGACCCUUAUCCCUUUUAUGCUCCUGAUUCGUACAAAGAUCAUAUCAUACACAUAUUUAUAUCCUUCUUUGUGCGUUUUCAUGCAGCAUUAUUUGGUUUGUACCACAAUAGCAAAAACGAUAUAUUAGGAAAUGAACAGUGGAAAUGGCUAGAAAAGGAGCUAACCAAUUCGAAAGCACGUGCACAUAUCGUAAUUUCAUCUAUACAGAUUUUUUCUAAUCACGUAAUGAAUGAAAAUUGGGGUUUAAUGCCAUUCGCGCUGAAACGAUUAAAAAGUGUUAUAAAAAAGACAAAACCAAAAGGUUUAAUAUUUUUAAGUGGUGAUGUACAUUUUGCCAGUAUUAUUGGAAAUGAAGAAAAUAUUGUAGAAGUUACAAGCAGUAGUGUAAAUCAAGAAAAUUUGUUAAGUUAUGUAAAUAAAUAUUUUAUUUACCUUUCUACAAAUAUAUUUAAUAAAAGAAGUUCAUUUGAGUUAAAUAAAAUAUACGGAUUCAACAAUUUUGGUUCAGUUAAUAUUAAUUACAAGAACGAAAAUGAAAUAAAUAUUAAAACAUGUGUACAUGACUCCCAUGGUGUGGAGGUUUUAAUAGCAAAUCAAGUUUUUAAUAAAAAAAAAAAUAUAUAUGAAAAAUCGAAAAAUUUACAUGUAAUAAAUGAUGAAUUUGCGACCUUUACAUAUAAAACCCAAGCCAAGAUAUGUAUGCAUAUUAUUAUUUAUAUAUUAUUAUUGUUAUGGUUUCUUCAAGUACUUUUCAUUAUAUGUAAAUUGCUAGGACUCUGUAAAAGUAAAAAAGUAAAUAAGAAAACAAAAGAAGCCUAG